UUUGAGACAUACUUUAUUGACUGCUGCACUGUUAUAAAAGUUGGACAAUCUCGAAAUUGUCUAAAAAUAUAAAGAAAAUUGAAUUAAAAUUAUUUCCAAAUCCUGUCAAACAGGACUUGGCAUUCUAAGUUUAUGAGCACAGACAAGUUAUAUCAUCUUUAAAAAAAACAGUUGUUAGACAGUGUCUGGAUUUAUUAGGGCUGCUAAAACACAGCCAUGUUUUACGAGCUCAUUAACCGUGAGGAUCAUCUUGAAAUAGUGAAUGAAUCAUGAGUGAAACAGAACCUGUCCUGGAGCCAGUCCCUGUUACUAAGGAUAAACCUGUUGUUAAUGGAAACAGUGAUUUUGACCUUCCACCACCUGAACCAGACCUGCAAAAUGGACUAAACAAACCAGACAUGGAUAUGGAAAUGUCAAAUGGUGUAGAUGGAUCUAAUGUGAAUGGAGAUAAUGUUGCUGAUGGUGAACCAGCUCCAGUUAACGGUAAUUGUAAUGGACCUGACAAUACAUUUGAGGGGGAUUUAAUGGGAGAGGAUGAAUUACCUCCCCCUCCUGAGAUUGUACCAGACUUACCCCCACCCCCUCCACAAGAGGGUGAAAAUCAGGAUUUAUUACAUUGUGACAAUGAUCCAUUUGGAUCAAGUGUUGAUCCAGUUGUGGAAUCUAGUGUUGAUCAAGAACCGCAGGAUGUUGAGGAAGUUGAAUGUGUUGAUGAAAAUGAGGAUUUAAUGAAUGUGAGUGACUCAGAAACAAAUCAAGAGGAAAAUGUUAAACAAAGUAUUGAUGUCCCAAAACAUGAAGAAGUGUCUGAUGAAGAAUUAGUUUCUGAUUGUGGAUUACAGGAAGAAGUAGAAGUUGAAAUUCAGAAUAAUCAACAAAAUGAAGAAGUUGAACAAAUGAAUGAAGGUCAGUUAAUAGAUUUUGGUGAACCAGAACAGCGUGAAGAAAUUUCUACUGGACCUGUGGAGCCCUCAGCUCCAUUGGUGGAUUUGUCUGAGCCAGCAGAAACUGAGAUGCCAGCUGAGCAAGAUGUUCAACCUGUUGAAGAGCUAGCACAGCCUGUUAGUCAAGAGCCUGUUAGUGAAGCAGUUGAAAGUAUACCAGAGCCUGAACCUGCUGAGGAACCAAAAAGUGUUCCUGUAGAAGAGCCAGUAAGUAUGCCAGUUACUGAGGAAUUUCUAGAGUCACCACAAGAGCCAGAAAGAGAACAGAGUCCUGAACCAGAAUCUGUGCCUAUUAUUCAACAACAGGUUGAACCAGAAGUUCCAGAGAGUGAACCGGUUGAGGAGGAACCACAGCAACGAGAAGCAGAAAGUAUGCCACAAGUUGGGUAUGCAGAGCCAGCUAUAGUUGUGGAUAAUAAACCUGCAGAAGAAGAGGCAGAAGUUCCGCCACCCCCACCUCCACCAUUAGUAGAUGAAACACCUCCUCCUCCCCCGCCUUUGGAUGAAAACAUUCCAUUGAGGAGAGUUAGUGGUAGCUCAACUCCAAACAAACAAAGCCCAAGUAAAGAGAUUGAAUCUCCUGUAGCUAUUUCUGCGCCAAUGAAUGUUGCAGUUGUCUCACCACAACCAGAGCCUGUUGCAGUUGGACAGGAAGUGGAGCAACAGCCAGAACCGGUACCAGUCCCAGUCCCAGUCCCAGUAAAGACUGAACCAUUAGCACAGCCAGUGCAGCCUCCACAUCCAGUGGCUAUUGUAGCACCGCAGGUAGUGUCAGAGGAAGUAAGUCCACCAUCUUCAAGCCCUCCUGGCAGUCCAUCGACUGUAUCAGAACAUGCACCUUCAGAAAACGAAAAACCUGAAACAGAACCAGUAGUGAGUCCACAAGUGUCACAGAAAAUAAACAAGAAAAACUUCAAGAAUAAGAUCAAGUUUGGUGUGGAUUUAGUAGAAGCUUCAUUAAAACAGUUACAUUUUCUUUAUAUUGUGAAUAAAAAUCCUGGGUUAUACGAGGAAUGGCUUUAUAAAAAGGCUGUAAGGAGGUAUGAAGCCUUUUGGCUUCCAUUGGCUGCUGAGCACAAAAAAGAAAGUUUAGCUGCACCUUUAGAUAUAGAAUGGGUGUGGCAUUGCCACAUGUUGGCACCACAAGCUUAUGAAGCAGACUGUAAAAAUAUUGCUGGAUUAGUAGUUGAACAUAAAGUAAUGAGUGAAAAAGAUAGAACUAAAUCUUUAGAAAAGUCUAGGAAAUAUUGGACAGCUAAAUAUCCAAAUGAACCAUUUGAAAUUGACCUAGUUUAUAAGGAAAAAGUAGUUGAGGAACCACCUGUAGCAGAACCACAACCAGUAGAGGAGAACACUGCACAAAAUAAUGAAGCUAAAGAAUCAGAAACUAAAGAAGAAGCAGAUGUUGAAGUUGCAAAAGAGGCUGAAGUUGCCGAGGUUACAGACAAACCUGCUGAAGGCACAGAGGCAGAAAUAACACAGGGAGAAUCAAAUGCUCCUACAGAAACACCUGCCGAGCCAACACCAGCAGCUCCUGAACCUGCCCCUGAACCAACCAUACCUGCAGUUCCGGAGGAAGGGUAUGAGCAGAAGUCAUCUUACAAUAUUUUUAGUGCCGUUGCCCGUCAGCGGGUAUUUUUCUACCAAAUAUCAUUGCCCCACUUCCAUGACAAGCAUUUCUUAAAGUCGGCUCAGAAGCGCUAUCAGAGAUUCCUGUUUUUGAAACACCAGAAUCCUAUGGAGAUGAUUGUACCAUGUUAUGACAUAGAUCUCAUGUGGCAUGCCCAUCAGCUUCAUCCAUCUGUGUAUAAACACGACACAGUUAAAGUACUCGGACAGAUUCUCCAACAUGAUGAUUCUGUAAAUGACAGAUCCUCAGGGUCACCUUUAAUUAGAGCAGAUCAGAAAACACGGGAAUUGUGGAAGGAGCAUUUCGGAGACACCUUUAUGACUUUCGGAGCCAUGUUUCGCGGUGAUCCACCAGUAUUGUGUGAACGCAUGUCAAUGAUUGAGCCAGCGGAAACAUACGCAUUCAGCACAAAGAAAGCAACAGUGAACCUCGACAAAGUUCAAGUUGAAGGUUUGCCAGAAGAAAUAAAUAAAUACAGUGUUAAAUUAGCAUAUGGUGGUUAUGAUGAAAAAGAAGGACCACUUAUUAAACAAUUUAAAGGUAACAAAAAGAAGAUAGAGUUUGAAAACACAAAGAAAGGAUUAGCUCAUUUUGUGUUUGAUACUAAAGAAUAUGACAGGUUAAAAUUCAACAUGUCUCAACAAAUAGGAUUUGCUUGCACAGGGCAUGAUGAGGAAAUAGGUGAACAAAUAUUCAGUCUGAUGCCUGUAGUUGAAAACAUACCAAGAGAUAGGUUAGACCCAUCUGCACUUACAGAAACUGUUAAAAUUGAUAUUGAUGAGGAACAAAAUUUGAAAGCUACAUUCUCCGCAACAAUCGAACCACCUAAACAAGGUCCAACCAUGUUGUACAUGAAUCCAGGAAACUAUGAAACAAGGUUUUGUAUCAUGCCAGAACAGAUUGUUCAGAUGUGGGGACCUAUCCCAUUACCACGGCUACCUUCAGGCAGAGACAAUCACUGUAUAGUCGCCUCACACAAAUUUGUGAACCAUACAGGAGAAGUGACAUUCACAUGUCGCAUGAUUCACAGUUUGCCGUUGUUGAUGUCCGCUGUUCAGGUGUUUUACCACAACAGAAUGGCAGCAGUUGCUCAUCUUGUUGGCUCAGAUCAGAUUCCCCAACCAUCACAGUUGUCAGAUCCCAAGAAGGUAUUUUCGUUGAACCCAGGUGAUGGACAGAGGGCUGUACUGAUUAAGAGCCAACAUGGAGAUUGGGGCAUCAUACGGGGCCAGUGGACAGGGUUCAGGAAACAUCAGCCAGCAGUAGCAGCAACAAAGGGAAAGAAGGCAAAGAAGGAAGUACCAUGGAACCCUGGUACCCUGUCUGUAUCAUUCUACAAAUGUGCAACUGGUGCCUGGCAGCAUAUAACACUACCCUACCUCCAGGAGAACUUCAAAUUCACCAUACAAGAUGCUAACAUUGACCUGAGGUGUGGGACCAUUGAAAUCAACAGCGAGUCAAAUGAGGUGGCUGAAAAUCUUGCCCUGGCCUUCUCAGUGGCCUUAUUGCAUGUGCUCUGCCAACCUAGGUACAAGCCUCCACCACCACCAGAACCUAUCCCAGUUACCGUUGAGCCACCUCCACCAUCCCCAGAAACCAAGGAGCCCCCUAAAGAAGAGGAGGAAAAACCAACAGAAGGAGCAACUCCUCAGGAAGGAGCAGAAGGUGAGAGUCCACCAGCAGAAGGGGAUGCACAGGAGGAAGCACCAAAGACAGAGGAGGAGAAGCCAAAGGAGCAGCCCAAGACACCCAAGAGUCCUGCUAAAUCUGAACCUCCAACUCCUAGCAAGAAAGUGAAGGAGGUUCCACCUAUACCUACCUUUGAACUAGGCCUUGUCUUAGCUGCAGGAUACAAUGUGGAUACUGCCACGAAUGAUAACAUUAAGAAACAGUUUGGAGCGAAUGCCUGUGCUGGAUGUUGUGCACAUGGUGUUGAUAUUGGGGUAGGCAUGAUCGGUGAUGCUGCUGCCGACACUACAGCAGACGCUGAGAAUGUAGAAGUUGUUGACCAUACUGGGGAUGAUGCAGGUGAAGUUGGUGACCACGGUGAUGAUGUUGGCUCACCAGAUCAUGUUGACAUGAUGGAUGUUGAUGCGGGAGGAAUGGAGGGUAUGGGUGAAGUUGGUGAUGCUGGAGCUGCGUCAUGUGCGGCCUUCUAAACUCAGUGCUAACCAUUUUGCCAUGACAUAACUAUAUUUUACUUUGUAUUUAUGAAAUAAUCAUUGUAGUUUAUCUUUUGUAUAAAAGAAAGAUUCAUGUUUUGUUUUCAAACAAAUUUUUUGUCUCUUUGAAAUAAUUGUUGAAUGACUGGCUGUUUACUUUCGAGUAAUUGCUGUGUAUUUCAGAGUAAUAACUGUAUAAUAGAGUAAUAACUGUAUUUCAGAGAAAUUACUGUGUAUUUCAGAGUAAUUACUGUGUAUUUCUGAGUAAUUACUGUGUAUUUCAGAGUAAAUGCUUUGUACUUUGGAGUUAUUGCUGUGUAUUUCAGAGUAAUUGCUGUUACUUUACUGUAUUUGCUGUUGAUUUAAGAAUAUGGACUAGGACUAAAUCUAAAGAUGAACCGAGAUACGAUCAUCUGUGAUUUUAGCUCACAUAUUAUGACAUUUCUUGUUGGAUGUCUAUUAUUGUUGGAAGUUUUUGAUGAAUGCAUGACAAAUAAUUUAUAAGAAGUGUCAUCAGUGUAGUGACAUUUUUCAUUUUUCUUGCUGAUGUGUAGAAAAAAUGAUGAAAUCAAGUUGAAUCAAAAUCAGUUGUACAAUAACUGUGCUGGUUCUACGGUUUGCUAAAAGAAUUACCUAGUAGACUCUUUUUAUUGUUAUUCUCGUAAAAAAAAACAACAAAAAAACAAACAAACAAACAAACAACUUACUGUUUUUACUCUAAUAUUGCAAAAGUUUUUACUCCAGUAUUGCAAAAUAUGGCAUUUAAGUUUUUAAGAGGGCAUGAUUAAACACAUGUAUUUUGUUAAUGUUGAUUGUUGAUUUUAGAGACGUUAACAUUUAGACAGUUACUGUAGAUUGUGUCAUUUUUGCUUGGAAUGACUGGAAUACGUGAGUCACUGUGUGUAUGAAUAUUAACAAAAAUAAAACAGAUACACAUAGCAGCCAGUCUAAAGGAAUCUGCUCCAUAUUUUGAUAAGAAUGUCACCUACAAAGUAUUGAGUCAUUUUUUUUACCUUCUCUGGAAAAUCAUUUUUAUAUGUAUAUAUGUAGUAUGUAUUAUACAUUUCUUGGGGUAUUUAUGAUAAAAGAUGAUUUAAAAAUCUUUUAAGAUUGUAGAUUUUUCAUAUGCUUUUGCAUAACAGUUGUGUUUAUUUUACAAUUUUGCUACAGUUUAAAGACUUAAACUGCCUUGUGUAAUUUGCUUACAAUCAAAAUGGUCUCUAGUCAUGAUCGAAGUGCCAAUGAGUCUUUAAAUAAUUGUCUUUAACAUCUAGGAUGUUUAUAUUUUAGCUUUAGUUUAUAUGUGUUUUAUGAAGGUUUUCUCUCAGACUUAAUACUACAAACUAGUCAGUUUUAUACAUUGUUUUUGCUUGUUUAUUAUUUUUUUGCUCAAAUUAUAGUUUUAGGUAGUUAAUUACAUAACACAAUGCUUCCAUCAUGUAUUUUUGUGAUUUUACUUUAUCCAACUUUAUUAUUUACUUUUUUGAUAAUAAUAUAUAAGACUGAAAUCCAAAUUAAUAUACGAGUUUGUUUUUUUUUUUUAAAUAAGAUUUUUAUGUAAUUCACUUUUGUACUGAAUACAGUUUUUUCAGUAUUGUGAAGUUAAACCUAUAUUUACACUGUAAGAGUUUCGGAUUUGACUAUUUUUGUAAUGUGAAAAUGUCCAUUUCAGUUUGCAAGUGAAUUAGAUAAAAUGUUGAAAUAUGUUAUGGACUUUUAUCAUAUUACAUUUAGUGUGGAAAGGUUAUAUAUAAAUGAAUUACAUUUAAUUCAUGAAAGUGUUAUUAUUGGGAAAAAAUAUUUCACAAAAUAGACAGUAUACUUGAAAGUGUAAUUACUGGUUGAAGAAACUGUGCAUAAAUUAAACAGUUCUGAACUGCAAAUUGAGAUAAUGUGUGGUUCUGAUAAUGUCUGUGUUCUGAAUUUUGACUCUUCAGAAGAUUAUUAAAAUACAUGAUGAAAAUCCUACAUACCAGUAUUAGUAUGAAAUCUUAACAUCUGAUAUUGUCUUAAGUUUUUGGUGGGUUGGAUAAUGUCUUUAAAGAACCAGGUUUGCUUGACUUCAUGAUAACUAUUUGCAUACAUAUGUUUGGUGAUAGGCCAAUACAAGGUAUAAGAAUUUGAAUGUAUUUUAUCCAUUUUGUUGAGUGCUAAUUUAAUGGACCAAAUGUAUCGUAGCAUUAAUACAUUCAUACUUAGUUAUGGCUGCAUGGUGGUGAAAAUGCACACACAACUUCAUUAUAAACAUUGAGAUGUAAAUUUUGUUCUAUUUUUAGCUUGAAGAUGUUUUAUACUGUGUAUUUUGACUGUGCUUAAGUGUAGUAAUCACAUGUAAAUGUCUUGUACCAGAUGCAAGUAAAAGGCCUUCUAUUCAUUUUGAUCCCUGUUGCAAGUAACUGUUACGUUAGUGAUCUUUGUUCAUUAACAUUUGAAGACAUGUUUUCCAUCUGUUUUUUAAGUCAGCAGUCAUUAUAAGAAAGUCAGUUUGAUCCUUUACGCAUAGAUAUGAAAAGGUCAGUACGAUACGUUGAUGGGAACGAUUUCCUAGGUUAAACAUUGUUUCACUUGUGUAUGUCAUUACAUAAUCAGUACAACCAUAUUGUGUAUUGUUUAAUUGGAAGUCAUAUAGCUGAUAGCUUCCUACUGUCACCAUUAUUAACAUAUAAAAAUACUAUGCCAGACAUGUAUAUAACUCUUGUUUAGUUGGAAUAACAACCGUAGAUCUGAUGUACAGACUUUUUUUUGUAAUAACCAUUCAUGAGUUUUUCUAGACUGGUAUUGAAGCAUUUUUCAUGGACACCCACUGUGAAGCAGGAGAUAUUUGGAGCAGAGUUACACGCCUUGAUCAAUAUAUUUUUUACAAUGUGCGCAUGUAUUACAGUCUAGGUGCGAGUACCCUAUAACAGAUGUUGAAUAAUUUAUCAUAUUGCUAAAUUUUUUAUAUAGACUUGAUGGUUUAUUUUUAUCAACAGCACCAACAUCUUCUAUGCUUUAAACUUAAACAUAUGCACAUGAUUCUCUAAUGAGAAAGGAAGUUUCAAGAAGUUAGCUUCCAUGAAGUUGUACUGGGGGAGAGAUUGACUUUUUUAUGUCAAUAAGACAAAUUGAAGAAAGCAAAGAACAAUAGAAAUGUGUGAAAAUUAAUCAGUGAACAGUAUCGCUGUCAUUAAGAAGUCUGCCUAAAAAUACGUUUGUGAUUUUUUUUGGUGAGUUUAAGAAGGUAUUGUGUUCUAGAUCUUCAGAAAUGAUUUAAGCUGAAAGGAAAGAGGUUUCCGCCCAUGAUUAUGUUUUUUUGAAUAUCCUUAAGGACAUGGAAUUAGAGUUUUGACAAGACGUUAAAUCAGUGUGAACUAAGCAGUUAGUUUAAGGUAAUUUUGCUAGAUUAUUGUAACUUUUAUUCUCAUAUGCUUCAGUGAUGGUAUCUUUACUAUAAUUGUGAAUUUUGUAAAUUUGUACUUGUAUCACAUGGUGAUUUGAGAUUUGUGUUGAAACAACAAUUUCUGUGCAUGUAUAUUAUAGUCUGUGUUAGCAUAUUUGUAUGUAAUCACAUAUACCCUGUAGAUAGCACAACAGUCUCUAACUGAUGUCAGAAAUUUUAAACUAAAAAAAAAAAAAUUGAUAUUUUGCACAUACUGAUACAUAAAUGCCAUUGUGCACAAAGGUGUUACUUCAAGUGUAUACUAGCAAGGCUGGGACAUGUAUGUAUAUUUCAAGUACUUCUGUCAUAUACAUCACUUCAGUUGGUUCUCUAUGCUCAGCACAUUACUUAGAAAAUACAACACUAGUUGUCAUUGAUAUAUAUUCUUACACUAAAGUUACUGCUGAAUUCCAUCGAACAUGUAUAUCACCAAAUAACAUUGUAAGUUCCCAAAUUUCAUUUCAUUGCAAACAGUAGUAUAUUUCCAUCUUUGGUUACAGAAUUACCACCAUAGUAUUCAAAAAUGUAGAAUUUUUCAUUUUGUUGGAGCAUAUGUGAAGUUAGAAAUAGUCCAAAUUAAUGCUACUAUUUCUAGAAAGUUUUUGUUUGGAGAAACUUAAUUCUAGAUGUUGAUUGAAGAAUAUAAACAUCUUUUAGGGUCUGUUGUCAGUAGAGAUUUUGGGAUGUUAUAAAUAAAGUAUAUCCUAGUA